AAAAGUGGGACAGACAGUGAGAGAGAGCUGGGGAAGAGAGAGAGAGACAGACAGACAGAAGGAGUGAGAGAAAUCGUGAGAGAGUGGGGAAGAUAACUCUUGGGGUACAGACACAGAUCUAUGUCGAUAAAGUGACAGGCCCAGGCAGACGGUCAGACACGGAGACUGAGACUAACCAACUCUUGAACACAGCUGAGAACAGCGAAGACAGGGAAAUGGAGCAGCAGUGAGAGGAAGCUUCACUGAUAUGAAAUAGAACAAGAAAGAGGCAGAGACACGUUGACAGGAAGAGCAAGACACCUGGGGUAGAAAGAACAGGGCAGGGGACAGUGAGACAGUUCAGAGCAUCUGGAUAAGAGGGGAAGAUUGUACGGAAGACAGGGUGGGUGAAAUUGAAGAGGAAUCGACUGUGUUUUUUACCUGCUGAGGGUGCUGCUCAUCAGCUAAUCUGCCACGAGUCUGACGGCAAAGUGUUUUAAUUCCCCUCAGGGCAUUAAUCUAAGGAGGGAUUGUUUUGAGCCACGUCGUGUGUCCCUCGUGGCUGAGGGACAGUGAGUCCCUGCUGGUUCACAGCAGAUACCCGCUGGGCGCUAGCCCUCUGGCAGUGUGUCGCAGGUGAGGCAGGAGACAGGCACGGAGCCCAACAGUGUGCAGGCGGACAUGGUGUGAGGUAGGGCCGAGAAACAGUCAUGGAGAAAGUCAGCUUGAAAGGGAAUGAGGAACAACUCCCCAUCCAGAUAUUUCCAGAUCCACUGGAGAGCGCCGAGGAGUAUUCCAAGGGUAUUAAAGGACGGCUGCCUUCCAUUGUCAUUGAGCCAACUGAUAACAGCGAGGUAGAGAGCGGUGAGCUGCGUUGGCCACCAGAGGAUUUUGAAGAUGGGGGCAACAACUUCGAGCCAGUCAGCGAGGCAGACAGUCCCCUCGGUACUUAUCCAGAUCCCAGUGAGGCCUUGCCACAAGGGGAAAUGGGAGAGAAAGGGAAAGCAGCUGUGCCGAACAGCCCUGACGGAGCUGUGGUUGUGAGCAGCCCCCACGACAGCCAGGAGGUGUCUGAUGGCAACUGAAUCCACCAAGCUGGAGACACAUUCCACCUUUCAGGCGAUGAACUGAUCUCUCAGGAGGGCAAUGGUUCUAGAGUUGAUACUGAAAGACUGGUAUCAUCUUCAAUCCUCUCUCCACCACUCACCCCCUGCUCCACCCUGCCGUUCCAACUGAUGUCUCUCCUUUCCCCAACUCGCAUGGCCCUGGGUUCAAGCUCACCUCAUCCAGGCCGGCUCUGGGAUGCACAGAACUGGUGAUAGAGAAGCAAAGGUCAAGAUAACUGGAUUGUACAAAGAUCGUGGUAUAAUCUGAAGAAGGACAAUGAUUUCUGUAAAUGGGUUUGGGGUUUGUACAGUCCCGAGGAGGAUAUGCAAAAUUUUAGACCGUGCCAACCCUUUGGACGAGUUUCCCAAUCAGUCCCAGCUCCCCAUUUUUUCCCACAUCCUUCACUCAAUUGUUUAUUUAAAUUGCCGAUGAAAGUUCCCAUUAAAUCCGCUGUGUCCAAGCCAUGGGAAGACAGGGAUACUUUAUCCUGCCUUAUCCACUCCUGUUCAGAACCCCCUUUGUCACCUACACUCCACAUUGGGAGUGCAGCCAUUACCUCUCUUUCAGAUCUCUGUGUCUCCAGUUGCUCUGCCUGGUGGAGGAGAUAACUAGUCCUUGAAGGUUUUAGUGAUAGACGGAAAGAUUUAAGACUAGAAGCCAUCUGUUAGUGCAUCAUUAUGCAAAGUGUCGUCAGCUGCCAUUCUUUUAGUUUGCCUUGCUCUUUGAGGGAAAUUGUCCAACAAUAUUUGACAUGGUUUCUGAUUUGCCAUGCCUGCAGACCAGGUUGUCAGCUAGGUUCUAGUCUUGCCAGUUAUGCCAGGCGUGGUCCUUCCCCUGGCUAGAAGCUGUACCACUUCUUUAGCGUUCUCAAUACUUACUUUAUGCUGCAUCAAAUUCAGAUCACCCAUCAUUUCAUUUUCCUUUACACUGUGUACCUGACAAGCAACUAUAAGCAACCUUGUGUAUUGAAUCUUGGAGCCCAUAGACCCCACCUGGCAGCAGCUGUGAAGUGGUAGAAGCUGUAAAUUUAGAAAUUAGCUAAAGGUACUUUUAACCUGAAUAUAAAUUGGGAUUGGUGUAUCAAUAUUACAGGAUCAUAGAUAUCUGCAACAUUUGACCUAUCGAGCUGACGUUUCCCAGCUUCUCUUCCAUAAGCCCUGCAGGUUACGGCUCUUCAAGAAUCCAUCUCCUUACUUUUAACGAUGAGUGUGACUGCUUCCAGCCCCUUUACAGGCAGUGAGUUCCGCCCUCACCCCACCACUCAGCAUUUGUUAUCUCACAGCCUGUGACGCGUGAACUAAUCAACUUAAAUUUAAGCGUCCUAGUUAUUGACCCCUCUGCUUAAGAAAAUAAAGUACAUCUCCGCUGA